ACCCGCGCUCUCUUCCUUCCCUGGCAGACGUUUGGGUGCUGACGCUCCAGCAUCCCAUCUCUUCACUGUUUUCCGCUUUCUCUUCACUCUUCUCCACACAGACCCAGCGGAGUUUAGCAACAGAAACAAAAGAGAAAAAGUGGCCGCUACGAGGUGAACCACAACAAUGAGUCGGUCCUGACUAAAAACUGAGUGGAUUAGCCAAUCUAUUCUGAGCUCUAAUGAGAUUACAGAGUCAGCGCUGACAUGGGUUGUGGCGGCGUGGUACCUUUCGUUGAGCUCCUCGGGGAACAUCUUCCCUGUCAGCAGUCCUCUCAAAGUGGAAAUGGCGUUUUUGGUCCUGAAGAUGCCGCGGAUGCCAGUGGAAAAUAACAGACAUUUGAAUGCACGCUCACCUGUGCCGCUUUUGUGGCGCGCGGAUUCCUAGAAGUAGUAGUAGAAGUAGGAGCAGUGGUUGUAGUGAAGGGGGACAAAAUGAAGUACCAGAAAUAUAUAACGGUGAUGCAAAUGGCCAUGGGAGUGACAGCCUCCAACAAAGACUGCCUCCCCACGAAGAGACAGCUGUGGGUGACCCCUCCAGAUGGAGACGCAUCCUCCUCAGCUGCCGCCGGGUGCUCUGAUGCAGCCAUAGGUGCUACUGGUGGUGCUGUUGUCCUGGCAUUGCCUGCCACCUCCACCCUCUCCUUGCCCGUGAGCCAGGGUAAACCUUCUCUGCGCCGCAUCAAAGGUCGUAUUCACCGCAGCAAAAGCUUGGACAGCCUUGACCUGCUAGAUUCCAAUAGUGCAGCAAUGGAGGAAACUGUCAUAUGGGAACAGCACACAGUGACCCUUCACAGGGCUCCUGGAUUUGGGUUUGGCAUUGCCAUCUCAGGUGGGCGAGACAACCCUCAUUUCCAGAGUGGAGAGACGUCCAUUGUGAUAUCUGAUGUGCUGAAAGGAGGUCCUGCAGAGGGUCUGCUACAAGAAAAUGAUCGAGUUGUGAUGGUCAAUGCAGUCUCUAUGGACAAUGUGGAGCAUGCAUACGCUGUUCAGCAACUUCGCAAGAGUGGCAAAAAUGCAAAGAUAACUAUUCGUCGGAAAAGGAAAGUACAAAUCCCAGUUUCGCGGCCUGGAGACAGGGAGACGAUGUCUGAGCAUGAAGAGGAAGACAGUGAGGAUGAUGAUGGUUAUGAGCACCACAGUGGUCGUGGUGGGCAAAGUGCCUACGGAGGUGCAAGUGGAGGUACCAGCAGGCGCCAUGAUCGUGAACGUAGCAGCAGCGGGAGGCGGGAUCACAGUGCCUCGCGGGAGAGGAGUGUCUCUCCACGAUCUGAUCGCCGAUCACAAGCCUCCUCUGCUCCACCCAAGCCUGCCAAGGUCACCCUCGUCAAGUCGCGCAAAAAUGAAGAAUAUGGACUGCGGCUAGCCAGCCACAUCUUUGUGAAAGACAUCUCUCCGGAGAGCCUUGCUGCAAGAGAUGGAAACAUCCGGGAGGGAGACGUUGUUCUUAAGAUCAAUGGCACUGUUACAGAGAACCUCUCACUGAUAGAUGCUAAGAAGCUGAUUGAGAGAUCGAAGGGCAAGCUUAAAAUGGUGGUCCAGAGAGAUGAACGAGCCACACUGCUCAACAUUCCUGACCUUGAUGACAGCAUCCCAUCAGCCAAUAACUCUGACAGAGAUGACAUUUCAGAGAUCCAUUCACUGACAUCAGACCAUUCCAAUCGAUCCCUUGGGAGAGGUCGAUCACGUUCACCCGACAGGCCCGAAAUGUCGGACCACCUCCGUCACUCACCUCGGCAGAUAAGCAAUGGCAGCCAUCGAAGUCGAGAUGAGGAUCACAUGAUCAAACCAGGGGCCAUAUCUACACCACUGAAAAGCUCUGAUGAUGGUGUGCUGUCUCAGGCCAGUGACCAGGCCAGCUCCAGUGACAAACAGUUACCUCCUCUACCCGAACCAAAGCCUGUUUAUGCACAGUCUGGUCAGCCUGACGUGGACCUGCCUGUAAGCCCAUCUGAUGCACCUGUGCCCAGCGCUGCUCAUGAUGACAGCAUUCUCAGGCCAAGUAUGAAGCUGGUCAAGUUCAAGAAGGGAGAAAGUGUGGGUCUGCGGUUAGCAGGAGGGAACGACGUGGGAAUUUUUGUGGCAGGAGUUUUGGAGGACAGUCCAGCAGCUAAGGAGGGGCUAGAGGAGGGAGACCAAAUUCUCAGGGUGAAUAAUGUGGACUUUGCUAAUAUUAUUCGGGAGGAGGCUGUGCUCUUUCUGCUGGAUCUUCCAAGAGGAGAAGAAGUUACCAUUCUGGCUCAAAAGAAAAAAGAUGUGUACCGGAGGAUAGUGGAAUCAGACGUGGGAGACUCCUUCUAUAUUCGUACACAUUUUGAAUAUGAAAAAGAGUCUCCAUAUGGACUAAGCUUUAACAAGGGGGAGGUGUUCCGAGUAGUAGAUACACUGUACAAUGGCAAAUUAGGCUCCUGGCUUGCUAUUCGUAUUGGGAAGAGCCAUCAAGAAGUGGAGAGAGGCAUAAUUCCCAACAAGAACAGGGCUGAACAACUAUCCAGUGUGCAGUACACCCUUCCUAAAACACCAGGAGGUGACAGAGCAGACUUCUGGAGAUUCCGAGGCUUGCGAAGUUCCAAGAGGAAUUUGCGGAAAAGCAGGGAGGACCUGUCAGCCCAGCCAGUUCAGACCAAAUUCCCUGCCUAUGAGAGAGUUGUGCUGAGGGAAGCUGGGUUCCUGAGGCCUGUGGUUAUCUUUGGGCCGAUAGCAGACGUCGCCAGAGAGAAACUGGCCAGGGAGGAGCCAGACAUUUUUGAAUUAGCAAAAACACAGCAACAACAAGGAGGAGAAAAGAGCGAACCAAGGGAUGCUGGAACUGACCAGAAAAACUCUGGCAUCAUUCGCCUACACACCAUUAAACAGAUCAUUGACAGAGACAAACAUGCAGUUCUGGACAUCACUCCUAAUGCAGUGGACCGUCUGAACUACGCCCAGUGGUAUCCAAUUGUCGUGUUUCUCAACCCAGACACCAAGCAAGGUGUCAAGAACAUGAGGACUCGACUCUGCCCAGAUUCUAGGAAGAGCGCAAGGAAGCUUUAUGAACGAGCUCUCAAAUUAAGAAAGAACAACCACCACCUCUUCACCACAACCAUUAAUUUGAACAGUAUGAAUGACGGUUGGUUUGGAGCACUGAAAGAAAUUAUCCAGCAGCAACAGAACCAGCUGGUGUGGGUCUCAGAAGGCAAGGCUGAUGGAGCAGCUGAGGAUGAUCUGGACAUCCAUGACGAUCGCCUUUCCUACCUGUCGGCACCAGGUAGCGAGUAUUCCAUGUACAGCACUGACAGUCGCCACACCUCUGACUACGAGGACACUGACACGGAAGGAGGAGCUUACACUGACCAGGAGCUGGAUGAAACGCUGAAUGAUGAUGUGGGUCCACCUACGGAGCCGGCCAUCACCCGCUCCUCCGAGCCUGUCCGUGAUGAUCCACCUGUCAUCCAGGAGCCUCCCGGCUAUGCUGGCUUCCAGCACACUGUACAACCAGACCCCUUGAACCGCAUCGACCCAGCUGGGUUCAAGGCACCAGCGCCUCAGCAGAAAGCAGAAGCCGCAGCCACCCCUAGCAUCUCCCAGCAGCCUGAGCCCCUUGCUGAGGCAGCGCCUCCUGCUGUCGACGUUACAGUAAAAACUGUAGGGGCUCUGAGCCCUGAUGAGGCUCCUGCAGCUCCUUACAGCAAGCCAAGCCCCAUCCAAGAGGCUGGCUCACUUAGGAGGCCUACCCCUGAGCUAGCCUCUCAGAGCAUCACACCAGAACCUCUACAGACUGGACUGGCCAGUUCAGAACCAAAGAUUUUUCAGAAGGAUCCCUAUGGCACAGACAACACGGGGAGAGUCAGUGACAGCAUGAAGCCUAAGACUUACAGUCCACAGCAGGCCUAUCACCCUGACCAGCAGCCAUACAGAGAUUAUGACCAUCCACCCAGCCGCUAUGAUGUCAGCAGUGGAGGGGGUUUCCCAGAAACAAAGUACCGGAACUAUGAUCAUAACCCACCCUAUGAGAACAGUGUGCCUCACUAUGACCAGCAGCAGUGGAACCCCUACAGCCAGCCACACUCUUCUGCCAAUUCCCAGGCCUAUGAUCUCCGUUUGCCUUACGGUGAUGACCUUGACCCCCAGUACACCCCUCCUCUACGCUACGAUGAGCCCCCACCUCAAACAUAUGAGGGACGGCCUCGCUACGGUAAACCAACAGGUCAAGCCCCUUCUCCAGGGUCUGAUCUGCACUACAACCAAGAUUCUCACCUGAGCACUUACCCCCCAGCUGCCCGCUCCCCAGAACCGGCUCCGCAGCGAGCCACAUAUAACCAGGGGCCAGCAUCACAACAGAAAGGCUACAAACCUCAGCAGUAUGACCCUACUCCUCUGAACUCUGAAACCAGCCUCACACCUCCCCCUAAAGCAGAAACACCCUCACCUUCCCCUGCAGAUGCUCCAAAAACUGCAUCUGACAGAGAUGACCAUCAGGAGGAUGACCCUGCCAUGCGGCCACAGUCAGUUCUGACAAGGGUCAAGAUGUUUGAAAACAAGCGCUCUGUGUCCAUGGACCGAGCCAGAGAUGCAGGAGAUUUAUCUGGAAACAGGGCAGCUGAAUUACCCUUGAAAGCAGGGGGAGUAAUCCCUAAAGCAAAUUCUCUGAGCAACCUUGAUCAAGAGAAGACCUUUAGAGCUCCAGAGCCUCAAAAGCUACAGUCCAAGGUGGCUGAUGAUAUUGUGCGUUCCAACCAUUACGACCCUGAUGAAGAUGAGGACUACUACAGGAAACAGCUGUCUUACUUUGACAGACUUCAAGCUAGCACUGGCAAACCCCAGCCACAAGCACAAACAAGUCACAGUUUCCCCAGGACAGAGUCAAUGGACAAACCAAGUCCAGUGGAGAAAAAAUAUGAACCAGUUCCCCAGGUGACACCAUCUCUGCCACCAGCCACACUGCCUAAACCCUCACCUGAAGCCAAGCCUCCUGCCCGAGAGGACACUGUCCAGACCAAUUUUCUGCCUCACAAGAGUUUCCCUGAGAAGUCUCCAGUUAAUGGCACAAGUGAACAACCUCCAAAGACAGUUCCCACCGCUGGGGCUCCAUCCAGCUACAACCGCUUUGUUCCUAAGCCCUACACCACCUCUGCCAGGCCUUUUGCACGCAUGUUUGAUAGCCCUAAAUUCAACCACAACCUGUUGCCCAAUGACAAGCCUGAGAGUGCUCCAAAGGGCCGGAGCUCCAGUCCAGUGAAAACUCAGGCGCCUCCACAGUCACAAAACACAGACCAUGACAGUGGCCUGGACACUUUCACACGUACCAUGGAUCAUCGCCCCAAGUACCAGCAGAACAACGUCAACGCUGUGCCCAAAGCCAUCCCUGUCAGCCCCAGUGCCCUGGAUGAUGAUGAUGAUGAAGACGAGGGCCACACAGUGGUUGCAACAGCCCGUGGUAUCUUCAACUGUAACGGUGGCGUUCUGAGCUCCAUUGAGACAGGUGUCAGCAUAAUUAUCCCACAGGGUGCCAUUCCUGACGGUGUGGAGCAAGAGAUCUACUUCAAGGUCUGUCGAGACAACAGCAUCCUGCCACCACUCGACAAGGAGAAAGGAGAGACUCUGCUCAGCCCUCUGGUGAUGUGUGGACCUCAUGGCCUCAAGUUUUUAAAGCCUGUGGAGCUGCGCUUACCUCACUGUGCGUCAAUGACCCCUGAUGGUUGGUCUUUUGCUCUAAAAUCCUCCGACUCCUCGUCGGGUGACCCAAAAAGCUGGCAGAACAAAUCUCUCCCCGGAGACCCCAACUACCUGGUGGGAGCCAACUGUGUCUCUGUGCUCAUUGACCACUUUUAAGGACGGACCAGCAGGUGCGAUGUUACUGAAUGUGGAACCGUGCGGGAAAUGAAGACGAUGGGCGAAACAAACAUACUGUACAUACACUGCAGCUGCACUACAAGCAUACAAACACACCACAGAAAGAAGUAUGAAGAAGAAGCAGUCAGUGCUGUUUACUGCAUCCAUGGAUGAAGGCGAGACCAAUGAUCGUUACAAGCUGAUCUAUAAAUUCUUCUGCAAUUUGAAGUUAUGAUGUGAAAUUAAACCUUUGAUGCAUGCCCCAUAUCUCUGAGGAUUGAUAACUAUAUAUGAAGUCGUGUUUAAUGUAAUUUUUACAUAAUAUAGGUGGAUGGAUGGCUUUUGAGGCAGCAUACAUGUUUUGGAAAUCUAUGUCAGUAUAUUUAUGCUAUAUAUGCAUACAGUAUAUAUAGAAGUAUAGAGAAGAUUUACUAAAAUUUUACUCAUGAAUUCAAUUAAGAGUCUGUUAUUUUUCCGUUCAGGAGAUUGAAUAUUGAUAAGCAUUGCCACAUAUUUUUUUUUCCACAAUGAAGUCAUUUUACUGAAGGUUUGAGAAAGGUGUUGAUAUUUGCAGGUAUCUGUUGAAGGAGCUGGCAAAACGUGAGCUGGUGAUGAACCCAAGCAGCACAUUCAAAGAGACGUUCUUCCUUCACUCCUUUGUUCUUCCUUUUCCAAUACCUGGUAGCUUACUUUUUACUGAGCACCUCGUCUCUCCUUCCAGCCUGAGGGAGAUCUAUGCAUGUUCUUUACUCAGGUCCAGUAGCGUUCUCAGUUCCUUUCUCACAUCUUUCUCUUACUCUUUUUCUCUCUGUAUACUCUUGCACUCAGACACAAAUAAGCAGUGAUGCCUUAUCUGCAGAUUAUUCACUUUUCAUGAAGAAAGAAAUAAGUUAUGGUAAAUUAUGGUAUGUCAUUUGUUUGCCAUUUUUUGUGAACCCACUGUAUAAAUGAACUUGGGUUGAGCACACUAACAGCUGAUAAAAGAUAAUAAAGGUAAGCGCUUCUUUUAUCUGCUAUGCAUUACUUUAAAAAUAAAACAACAGAUAAGAAGUGGCUGUAAAUAAAGCUAGCAUAUUGCCUUGUUUCUUUUUGUUUGUAAAUGAACUUUUUGUAUGUCUUUCUUUUUUUUUGUAUAAAACCUAGAGAAAACAUGUUUUAAACAGCGGAAAAAAGUGAACGUGGUUUUCAUGUAUUCUGAAUAUACCCUCAAGCCUUGAAAUUGUAACCUAACAAUAAUACAUCACACCUUUUCUACCAAUAUAUUGACACUGUGUUAUGGUGGCAAAAGAGUGCUUUCUUAAUUUGAGGAUUGGGAAAGUAUUUGAGCUAAAAUACAUUUAAAACAUGUUCUUUUAGGAAGGGUGUGCUCGAAAAGUGUCCCCCUCACUCAUUUGUGAUACUGGAUGCUAUAUUGUGUGCCCUUAAAUGUAUUUUUGUACUAAUAGACAAUAUAUUACGUAUGGCACACCAGUACUGUUUUAUUUUUUAGAUAUAACAGCUUUAAUUGGAUAUUAGCUCUUCACGUGUGGCUGACUUUUUUUCUCUCUCUUCUCUCAGACACAAUUUUAAGUAUACCACUGUAUUAAGAAAUAAAAUCAUUUUUGAAAUAA